UCGGCUGCAGAGAAGGCGGGUGGAGAGAGAGAGAGAGAGAGAGCGAGAGAGAGAGAGAGAGAUCUAUACUGUAUGUGAGAGAGACGGAGCGCAGUAUUUGUGCGGACUCGAGGCGCAGAGACAAUCGGUACCGUGAGAGAAAACCAAACACGGAUUCCACUGAACCGGUCAGGGAUCUCCAGACGCGAAAUCCUCCUCAGCAUCGAGUUUUCUGCGACAGGAGCGCGUUUCUUUCAGACCUGCUGCGGUAAAGACGAUUCAUUUAUAUGGUCCAGCAUCUUGACAGAGACUGAUUUGUAUAUAUGCAUAUGCAUUAUUAAUAUACAGCCUACCUGCUGCUGUUUUCACCGUGUGUGUCUGAUAAUUCGUCUAAUUAGCUCAUCGAUCAAGGCUUCGUUGACAGUGGCAAUGCUAGUAGUCCACAUAUAGGCUUCUUCUCGAGCUGAAGGACUGCAGUGGAGGACGGGUUUCCCUGGGACACGUUUGGGCUUUUUUUUUUCUCCUUAGCGUAGUAAGGACUCGAUCAGCAUCCACUUGUGUAACUGGGACACUGAACAUGGCCGUGUUUUAUUCUUGACACCUCAACACAAACGGAGGAGAACUUCUUCAGGCGUUUUCCAAACCGCGCUGGGACCGAGCAUCAUCCAGCUAUAAUGUAGACGCUCGCGUGCACACGGUCAUCGUCAGUGUUCCUCGUCGAGUGUUAAUUAGGAGCAACCCAGGGCCUUCUUGAGAUCUCUGUCAUCAAAAUGCCGGCUGGAAUGAAGCCUCUUGAAAAAUUCUUGAAGAAACAGACCAAUGCGCUCACUCGUGGGGGCGGUUUUGGGGAGAAGGCCACCGGCACCGGGGCGUCCAGGCGGCGGGCCAGCCUGUCCCGUGUGGUGCCGUUCUUCAGGGAGACGUCUCCCGAGAGCGGCCCGGCGAGGGAGGUGUUCAGCCCGGAGACCGAGGAAGCGCCGUGCUGGCCCUCCGCCACUGCGGACAUCAGGAGCCCGUCGCUGUCCAGUGAUGAGCAGAGCUCCGAGGCGAGUCUGGACACGAACUGGACCCCGCUGCCCGCGGACACCGCGGAGAACCUGGCGCUGGCGCUGCUGGACAGCGUGGCGGGGAAGCGGUACGCCUCCUGCACAGAAAUACUCCUGGAUGACUUCAUGCUGACACACCCCAUCUUCUUGGCCCCAGACAAGUUCCAGCAGGUCUUGCUUCAGCAAUUCAGUUCAGAGGGUAAGCAGGGUGAAGGCUGGCCCGGUUGGGAAGGAGCUGAACGGAAGCUUGCAGUUCUGUCUGUGGCCUUCCGCUAUCUGGACACAUACAGAGACUUACUGCAGGAGGAGGGAGAUCGCUCCAACACCUUCCCAAAGGAACUGUAUUUGUGCGCCGUUCAGGAGCUCAGCCGCUUUCCUGAACUGGUGGAAGACGUCCUGAAGCUUCAGCGCUGGACUGAGAUAUUACACAGCCCAGCCGAGGAGGACAAGGAGAGUCGCAAGAAGCAAGUCCGGCCGCUCUUCCGACACUUCAGACGUAUCGACGCCUGCCUGCAGCCCCGAGAGGCUUUCCGUGGCUCGGACGAAAUCUUCUGCAGGGUUUACACACCAGAUCACUCAUACGUGACCAUCCGUAGCCGUCUCUCAUGCCGGGUCGGAGAGAUCUUGGCUCUGGUGAAAGAGAAACUCCAGUACAGCGAGGACCAGCCCACCCAACCUGCCAACCUCAUACUGGUGGCCGUCACCUCAUCUGGGGAGAAGGCUGUGUUCCGUCCCAGCGACGAGGCCGUUUUCACCACUCUGGGCGUCAACACCCACCUGUUCGCCUGCGAGCCCGCGGAGCUCGAGAGCUUGAUACCGCUCCCUGAGGAGAUCCACUGGUCGCCAGGAGACAGCAAACUCCAUGACAUGAGCGCAGAGGAGGUGGCCAAUCAGCUGGUGGUGUUCGACUGGGAACUCUUCAGCUGUGUGCACGAGGUGGAGUUUGUGUGUUACGUGUUUCACGGGGAGCAGGCUCGCUGGCGCCCCCUCAACCUGGAGCUGAUCCUGCAGCGGUGCAGUGAAGUGCAGCACUGGGUCGCCACAGAGAUCCUGCAGUGCCAGUCGCUCCCAAAGAGGAUACAGCUGCUGCGCAAGUUCAUCAAGAUUGCAGCCUUGUGUAAACAGCAGCAGGAUCUGCUGUCGUUCCUGGCGCUGGUUCUGGGACUGGACAACCCUGCAGUCAGCCGCCUGCGUCUGACCUGGGAAGGUUUGCCAGGAAAGUUUCGGAAGCAGUUUCAGCAGUUUGAGAGCGUUGCUGACCCUUCGAGGAACCACAAAUCCUACAGAGACCUUCUAGCGAGCCUGAGAGCCCCACUCAUACCCUUCACUCCACUGCUGCUAAAGGAUCUGACUUUCCUCCAUGAGAGCUGUAAGACUUUCCACGGGGAGCUGGUUAAUUUUGAAAAGAUGCACAAAGUGGCUGAGAUGGUACGAAGCAUCAGGCGGUAUAGGAGCACUCAGCUAGUGAUGGAGGCCGAGCCUUCCCCCUCUCACCUCCAGACGAAAGCGUAUGUGCGGCAGCUGCAGGUCAUCGACAAUCAGAACCUGCUUUUUGAGAUGUCCAGCAAGCUGGAGCCUAAAGACAUGUGACGGGACCAAGUCAACCUACAAGCCAUAUCUACAAAACCUCUUGUUCCCGCCAAAUAAAUCUACACUCCCUACCCUUCGUUCUCCAUUGUGGUAGAUCAACCCAGCUGGGCUGUCAAUCAUCUCUGGCUCCGCCUCCGAAUCAUCGAACCAGGAACUUUCUUUAAGGAAAAUGGUGUGAAUUGUGUUUAUAGUGGCUUAUUCUGUGUCAAUGUUAAUUAUGACCACACAUAGUGGUCUGGAUUCAUUUCUACUGUUUAUUUUUAUUUUUAUUUUUUAAUCGCUGUUCACAACUGAAGGGAAACCUGUCCUGAUUGCACUGCCAUCAGUUGAACUGAACCAAACCGGAAUAAGCUUAAGCUGUACAGUUUGUCAUCCGGGCCUUCAGAAACACAGACUGCAUUUUGGACAUUCAUGACCCUAAAAUACAUGAGACAAUCUGACCUUCGGUCUUCCCUCCUCCCCUGCCAACAUUGGCACUUACUGCGACCCUGUGCAUUAGAUGUUAGAUAUGGAUCCCCAGCCAUCAAAAAUGAGUCCUGAAUCCAAGACCAGCUCCAACGUACAGGAUGUUCUUUAGUUCAAUGAUCAAGUCAUAAGAAAAACACUUCAACUGGAUGCUAAAUUAAAUGUAUAAGAACAUAUAAACUGCAAAAAAUCUAUUUAUGGCAAUAUUUCUCUUUUUUUUUCUAGAAACAAAAUUGCAUAAAGUAAUAAAACGUUUAAUAUUUCAAAUUGAGGAAAUGUGUUAUAUUUAAUAUAUGUCUUAAAUAUUAAAUGUAUAAAACAUUUGGUUAGAUUUAUGCUUAAAACAAGAAGAGACGGUAGAGUAAAAACAAAAUAUAGAUGUAUACUCAGAAAACAAGCCUUGAACUUUAUUCAGAUUAGGAAUAUUAAUAUAUUAUUUGAUUACAUUUAUCUUGUUUUAAUGACUUAUGCAAAGAAAAAAGAAGAUAUAUAAAAUUAUAUAUAUAAUUAUUAUUAUUUUUUUUGUAGUGUAGAAGCCAAAUUUAACAUAGCUGUUAAUUUAUUAAAAAUUAGUGAUGGACCAAAAAAAAAAAAAAGAAAGAUAUAUAUAGAUGUAUAAAUGGACCAAAUGCAGUAUUCUUUUUUCUUUUUUUUGAACAGAACCACUUAUUCAAUGUAAUCUAGCAUUGAUGGCCCAGCUUCAUUUCAGCUCGAGCUUUACUUGGUCAAGCACUUGUUUUCAGUCUGCCCUUUGUGUUUUGUUGAAAGGGCCUGGUGGGAAGUUAAAUAAUCCUCCUAACUGGAAAAGUGUUUAUUUGCACCCAAGCUGUAAACGGGCUCUGUACGGGACGACUUGUCUUGGAUCGGACUCUCUCAGGAUCUCCUCCUGAGGUCAUACAAGGGACGGCCUGUAAGGCUGCACUGUACAUACUUCAUGUAAAUAGCAAAAAUAAAUAUGAAUAUGACUCUAUUUUAUGUAAGAGCUAUGAGAUGGACUCUCAAGAAGAAUAUUUGUUUUGUAAAUCUGAGAAAAAGAAAUGUACGUGUACAGUUUAAAAGGCGACGGCCCAGACAGAGUCUGUGGUUUGCGAUGAAAGUAUUGUAUAGCAUAUUCACUGGUUUUUGUCAUUUCUGUUUGAUAUCAUUUCUUAUCCAUUACAGAUGACCUGUACAUAUCCUCUGUUUUGGUUGCGUAGAUUUUCUGUCUGCAAUGGAUGAAUUGUACAGCAUGUAGGUGGUUUAGUUGGAUUUUGCUGUUUUUAUUUGGUCAAAGUUUCUCAUUUUUUUUUAUUUGAUCUUUUUAAAGCGGGUAUUCUCUUGUUGUUCUUUUGGUUUUGUACAGAAGUCCGUGUUUACAGUGCGAUUAUCUAAAACUCAGACAUGUCCAGUGGAAGAUAUUGCAGGGCAUGCAAUAUCGCCCGCCCCCUUUUCUUGACAUGAGUCAAAGAUGCAUCUAAAAUAAAGCCUCUUGUGAUGAGCUCUCCAGA